AUGGCACAAUUUAUGACCCAAACGAAUGUUGGAGUCUGCCUAUCGAACCUUGAUAUUCUCGGCGCCAGUUUCGGCAUCACAGACUCUGGGAUAUUGAGCUGGUUCUUGGCCGGCUAUUCGCUGACCGUUGGAACCUUCAUCUUGAUCUUCGGCAGAUGUGGCGAUUUCUGUGGCGAUUUCUUUGGAUAUCGACGAAUCUUCCUCUCGGGGUUCCUAUGGAUCGCAAUCUGGUCGUUGGUCGCCGGUCUCGGUGUGUACUCGAAUCACAUCUUGUUCAUCUUUGCACGUGUCUUGCAGGGCAUUGGAGCUGCCAUGGUGCUUCCCAAUGGGCUGGCCAUCCUGGGUGCGACGUACCCACCGGGCAAGAAAAAGGCCAUGGUCUUUGCGUUAUUCGGUGCGGUGGCACCGAAUAGCGCUGUAUUGGGUGCAGUCUUCAGCGCUCUCUUCUCGCAACUUGCAUGGUGGCCGUGGACGUUCUGGACGCAAGCUCUUGUCGCGAUUGCGUGUGCGGGUUUAGGUGUCAUGGUGGUCCCAUCCAUACACCAUGAUUCUAACCCGCCCUUGAAUACGUGGGCUGAAAUAUUCAAGGCGUUGGACGCUUUGGGAGGCAUUUGUGGCGUUGGAGGAUUAGUCCUGAUCAAUAUCGCCUUGAAUCAAGCUCCCGUGGCGGGAUGGAGUACGCCGUAUGUCUACAUACUGCUGAUUGUCGGCAUUCUGUUGAUUAUUGGAUUCUUCGUGGUGGAGUUCCGAUUUGCGGAGCAUCCUCUGAUCCCUUUCCACGCCUUCAGCCGAGAUGUUUCUUCCGUGCUGGGCUGUGUUGCGUGUGGAUGGGGCGCUUUCGGAACUUGGAUCUGGUACUUCUGGAGAUUCCAGAUCCAGUUCCGAAACAUCAGUCCUCUGUUGGGCUCAGCAGAGUUCGUGCCAGCAGCCCCGGUGGGCAUUGUGGCUUGCUUUGUGACUGGACUGUUGAUUGCCAGGAUUCGACCGGGGUGGAUUAUGGUCAUGUCCAUGACAGCGAUCACCCUUGGAAACAUCUUUACAGCCAUAGCUCCGGUGGUCCAGACAUACUGGGCCUUGACAUUCGUCUGCCUUCUAGUCAUCCCGUGGGGAAUGGACAUGUCCUUCCCAGCAGCGACACUCAUGUUGUCCGACUCGGUCGAGAGAAAGCACCAGGGUAUUGCUGCGUCAUUGGUCACGACCGUGGUGAACUACAGUAUCUCGCUGAGUCUGGGCUUCGUGGGAACAGUCGAGGUUCAUGUCAACAACGGUGGGAAAACACCCGAAGACGUCCUUAAGGGGUAA